AUGCUUCAACGAUUGUUCGAUGGCGUUCGCGUUAUCGGCUCGAGCGCUGCGCUCGUCCAGGAGGGUCUCGUUGACAGUCUGCUGGCGAGCGGAUGUGGUGUUUCUGGAAAUUCGCUGAACACAGCCUGCACGUCUGUUCUGUAUUUUCAGCGAGCGCGACGCCUCGCACCUUCACCUCUGUUGAGGUCUUGUUUGCCAUGUCCGCACGAAACCGCGCAUCGAGAUCCUGCUGUUGCAAGAAUCAGCAAGAAGAUGAGCUUGUACCAGUGGACUUUGCACAGCGACUCAGCUCUGGCUGGGAUCCAUCACGACGUGCUCACUGCGUACAUUCUGCACAACCCGACCCAGAUCGCUGUGCAGGACACCAGUCUCAAGGCUGCCAUGGACGGGUACCAUGCGCGUAGUCGAGAGCAUGCCUCCAUCUAUGUACGCCACCUGGCUGUGGGGCCAGACUCCGACAACCUCUCUGUCGACCAGGCGUGGAAUAUGGCUGUGGGCGCGAGGCAGUACGCGAACAGAGAGCCUGACAAGUGGCAAGAAGCGUCGAGAGUUGACAAGUCUCUGUACGGCGACGCCUGGCGAUCGGCGCACAGCAAGCAAGGCUACCGCGCACUCAUCACCAACAGCGACAAUAAAGUUUCCUCUUUGAAGCACCCCGUCAUGGUGACGUUUGCGGACGCUCUUGAGAAGAUUAUCAAGCAAGCCAGAGACGCCGGUCAGCCUCGCACUCGCUCACUGUACUACGUUAGGUACGCACUGGACGCGCACAGCCGCGAGAAGUAG